GUGACCACCCCGGUUCCGGUUCCGGUUCCGGUGAGGGAUGGCGGCGGCGCUGGCGGCCCGAGGCCCGGGGACGGGACGUACUUCACUUUAUGGCAUUACAAAAUUACUACAUAAGCACGGAAGGAUUUUGUGUCAAUUACCAUGCAAGUCAUCAAGCCAGAGGAGGGCGUUCACAAAUAAGAACAUGGCUGUCGAACUGGACACCAACACAGGAGUGGCUGUGAUUAAAAUGCAGAAGCCUCCUGUUAACAGUCUCAGCCUGGAAUUUCUCACGGAGUUUGCAAUUAGCAUGGAAAAGCUGGAGAUGGAUCGGGAAUGUCGUGGAGUGAUUCUCACUUCUUCUAUUCCCAACAUCUUUUCUGCUGGUUUGGAUAUCACCGAGAUGUGUGGGAAGUCCCCAGAACAUACGGGGGAGUUCUGGAGAUCAGUGCAGGAAAUGUGGUUGAAACUCUACGGAUCCAGCCUAGUGACCAUCGCUGCCAUCAAUGGAGCCAGCCCAGCUGGGGGAUGUCUCAUGGCUAUGUCAUGUGACUACCGAAUCAUGGCAGAUCACCCAAAGUAUCAAAUCGGCCUGAACGAGACGAAGCUGGGGAUUGUUGCACCGUUCUGGUUCAAGGACACAAUAACAAACACCAUAGGGAGGCGGGCAGCCGAGCGUUCCCUCCAACUUGGCCUCUUGUACCCUGCCCCAGAGGCUUUGAGAAUCGGACUUGUCGAUCACCUCGUACCACAGGAUAAAGUUAUGCCAACUGCUUUAAGCACCAUGUCAGAAUGGUUGACUAUUCCAGAUCACGCUCGACAGAUCACUAAGGCCAUGAUGCGGAAGCCAACACUCGAUCGGCUUUUGACUCAACGCGAAUCAGAUAUACAAAAUUUUGUCAAUUUUGUCAGCAAAGAUUCUAUUCAGAAAUCGCUUGAGAUGUACAUGGGGAUGCUAAAACAAAGAAAAAGCUGAGUUACCUUGUCCUUAUGCAGGGAGGCUCAGCUUACUGGAUAAUUACUCCUGGGACUCUCUUAAUAUCACUUCUCUUUAAUUGUUCCAAAAGAUUUGGGAAUGUUUCUGUUAUGUUAUCAAUGACAGGUUUCAGCCUUUUCCAAAUGACUACAAGACAGACUGAAUUAGUGUCCAGACCAUUGCAAUAUAAAAUAUGCAAUAAAGUGCCUAAAUUUGUGCCAGUCUCUUGAUUGUGUAGAUUAAUCAAGGAUAAUGCCUCAAUAAUAAUAUUUUCAUGGUGUAUCUACUAUUUUUACUUAUUUGGUUGAAUCUUUCGAAAGCAAGUCCAGGCAUUAAUUUGGGCAUUCAGCACUUAAACUUUGUUGGGAUGCUAAACUUGUUUUUCGUUUUCCAGAGAACUUUUUAAAGAAUGUCUCUUUCAAAUGAGUAAGUGAUUUGUAGUAAUCUGUUCUAUGUAUGGAACCAAAUCUGCAGAGUGGCUUACAUUAGGGGACAGAAUAAACUUUUAUACAACUGUCUUUCUCUAUGAUCUUAACAUAGUUGUUGUAGGUGAGUGAAAGAUAACUGACAAUCGGGUGAUUGAGAUAAAGUAUGAUUUGUCACAUGUACCGAGGUACAGUGGAAUACACUUUGGUAUACAGUUCAGAACAAGUAUCACUAUACAUAAACGCUUAGAUACAUCUUAGAUGAGCACCUCAGAUACAGUACAAGUGUAUAGCAGUAGCACACUGAGACAGUACACAGAGUCGACAGCUUGGCAUCAUUUUCAAGUCCUCACUGUGAUGCACCAGGUGUUAGAAACACAAAAAUAGGUGCAGGAGUAGGCCAUUCAGCCCUCCGAGCCAGCACCACCAUUCAAUAUAAUCAUGCCUGAUCAUCUAAAAUCAGUACCCCAUUCCUGCUCUUCCCCGCCAUAUCCCUUGAUUCCUUUAGCCCUAAGAGCUAAAUCUAACUCCCUUGAAAAGAUCCAGUGAAUUGGCCUCCACUGCCUCUGUGGCAGAGAAUUCCACAGAUUCACAACUCUCUGGGUGAAGGAAGUUUUUCCUCAUCUCAGUCCUAAAUGGCCUGCCCCUUAUUUUUAAACUGUGACGCCUGGUUCUGAUCUCCCCUAGCAUUGGGAACAUUUUUCCUGUGUCCUACCUGUCCAAUCCUAUAAGAAAGCCACUCUUGUGGUAAUAGUGUUUGUGCAGCUGCUGCAGUCAGAACAUAGAACAGGAUGGCACAGAAACAGGCCCUUUGGCCCAGAAUGUCCAUGCCAAGUUAAACUAAAACCAGGUCUUUGGUCGGUGGUGAACUCUGGGAUGAUCUAAGUGGGUUAUUUGCUGAUGAGAAUGUUGUUGAUGUCAAGGUGAGGUGAUUACUGUUCCUCUAGUUGGAGAUGGUCAAUGCCUGGCACUUUCAUGAUGUGUACAGAGGUUGUCACGUUUCAUUCACAGCAGGUAUGCUUGUCAUGUCUUGCUUCAUUAUCUGAAAAUCUGCUAUUGGAAUCGACCACCAUUGUAAUUAUUCAAUACAAAUUUUGAAAACUU